UCGGGGGCGGCGGGCCGGCGGGAGGACCAGAGUGGCCGACCCGAUCGCCUCCCGCGCCCCAACGUCGCGACUCCGCCCAUUGGUCCCUUGUCCUCCGCGAGUGUGGGAAUCUUCCCACGGGUCUCCCUACCGUCCCAAGCCUCCUGGUCUGUUGUCACGCCCGCCUUCUGCUUACAAAGCCCGCUCCCCGCCCCGCGCUGCUCGCGGCCGCCCAGCGCGCUCUGUUUGACAUCCGAGCGUUAUCUGGGGAGGGCACGGCGGGCGGUGCAGGACCGCGAAACGUGUUUUAUUUAAAAGGGUUGGGGGUGUAUAAGGUAACGGUGUGUGAGAUCACUCUUAUCCUUUAUCAGGUCUACCUAGGAGCACAUUACCCUGUGGAGCCGGGCUCAGGUGGCCCACUGAUACCGUGGCCCACUUAUGGGGAGACGGCAGUGUAGGAAAAUGCCUCGGAAUUCCCAAAGGCCGCAGGAAUCGUCUUAUUGAACCUUCCCGCCUGUUCAGGUGUCCCAGCUACAUCCCAGUGUUAUUGGAACGCUUUAGGGCUAUUUUCCUUUUGGUUUCAGCUGAGAAAGGAUGUUUUUCACAAGAAAUCCCUAUUAAGAAAAUUAAUGGAAAAGCUCUAGAAGUAACCAAAAAAAUCAACAGGAACAACUUUUAACUACAGAGUGCGGCUCUUUGACCCCUACUCGUGAACAAUAUGAUUAGUUACCAGUUUAGAGCAUUUACUUGCAUUUCUUCUCUUUUCCUCUGUCUGGAAAUCCUACCCAAGUGUCUCCUAUUUAAACCUUCUCACUAGUUCUGCCCUUUGCUUUUAGAGGUUCCCAGUAGCACUCCACAUUCUAGAAUCGUCUUAUUUUCAUUUGCUGGGGUGGUUCUGAUCUAUUCCUACCGAAAAUAUUCUUUUUAGUCUCUUUUGGUUUUAAAAAUGAUCUCCCCCCAUCCCCAUUUGCUUGAAAUCUAGUCCGCUACACCUGUACCUUCCAUGACUUGGAAGCACUUCUUGAUUCUGGUAGUAGAUUUUAGCUUAUGGUACAAUUGAUCAUAGUUGACCGUCUUUGAGAUGACUCUCAAAAGAUAGAUGGGAUAAAGCUUUCCUGAUUACUUCAUUUGGUUCCUUUUUGCCAAUCCUAAUUAAUCUGGAACGUUUCCCCCAGCCUCCAAUGAAUGUGUUCAGAGGAGAGUAUUUGGUAGGAGGAAGGUGGCCAGUAUGUGGUGACCUUAAUUAAAACGUAAGUAAUUCCCUUGGAGAAAAGUAAACCUGUUAGUCUUCAGCCUAAACUACUUUAUUCGUAAUUCUAUUUGUAAAACUCAGCAGUGUUGAGGGAAUGGGACUUUUCACAAAGAAGGAAGGUGGGCAGAAGGAGGGUUGUCAGGGUGGAAGAUUUCUGAAGCUGAUUUGUGGAGGGCCUGGAUGCCUAGGGCUGAGGCCAGGUGGAGAAGCAUGAUCAAUGAAGUAAGUUGGUGGUUCCAAAACAGGCCAUCCUCCCCAUUUUGGCUAGAACCCUAAGAGUACCACAAACAGGCAGCCCUUGGAGAUUGUUUUGAUGGCAAUAAACCUUAGCUUCCUACACAGAAGUCAGUUUUCCUCCUCCCACCAGCCUGAUGUAUUCCAGGUCAGCCUGCUAUCUUGCUUCCAGCCUUUCCUUUCCUAAGUGGUGGAGUGGAAAGAGAAAUGUUUACAUGGCCAGCUGUUCUAUUCUCUGUAAUACUCAAGCUUGUAAGACUCUGACACCCAUUUCAGUGAACUGCAACAGUUUACUGUAUAUCGACAUUGUUCAGAAAGUGGCCAGGGUGGUUCAAAGGCUGGAGAGCUCAGGCAGUGGCUGAAGCUGGAAAUGCAGGGAAAGGAGGCGGGAAUUCUGGUUCCACCAUUCCUUGCUAAGCAGCCUUGGGCAAAUUACCUUCCUCUCUGAAAAACCUGUGCCAGCUAUUUGUUACGGUGGUUGUGACGAUUAAAUAAAGCACUCCAUGGACAGCACUUAGCUAGUUCUGGCAUAUGGUAAGCUCAGUCUGUUACCUGAAGGGAACUGGAUCAGAACAAGGAACAAAAUUUUGCACAAGGACUUAAUAUUUUCAGUUCUGCCCUCUCUGCUUCUUGGUGGAGAAUGGAUGGGUGAAAGGGGAGAAUGGCUAGAAUACUCUACAUCACCUGUUAGUGAUCAGGUACUUUUUUUUUUUUUCUAAUUUAUCUAUUUUAUUUAUUUAUUUUUGGCUGCAUUGGGUCUUCGUUGCUGCGCGUGGGCUUUCUCUAGUUGCGGCGAGCGGGCACUACUCUUUGUUACAGUGCACGGGCUUCUCUUGUUGCGGAGCACGGGCUUUAGGCACGCGGGCUUUAGUUGUCGCUCGCGGGCUCUAGAGCGCAGGCUCAGUAGUUGUGGCACACGGGCUUAGCUGCUCCACGGCAUGUGGGAUCUUCCUGGACCAGGGAUCGAACCCAUGUCCCCUGCAUUGGCAGGCGGACUCGUAAAACAACUGCGCCAUGAGGGAAGCCCCAAGGAUCAGAGUAAUCAAGUCAGAGGAUUAUAUGACUUUUAUCUGCCUAGAGAAGAACUCUGGAUCUACAAUAUGGAGACUGGAAGAUGGAAAAAAAUUAACACUGAGGGUGAUGUUCCUCCUUCUAUGUCAGGAAGCUGUGCUGUGUGUGUAGACAGGGUGCUGUACUUGUUUGGAGGACACCAUUCAAGAGGCAAUACGAAUAAGUUCUACAUGCUGGAUUCAAGGUCUACAGACCGAGUAUUACACUGGGAAAGAAUUGACUGCCAAGGAAUUCCUCCAUCAUCAAAGGACAAACUCGGUGUCUGGGUAUAUAAAAACAAGUUAAUAUUUUUUGGAGGGUAUGGAUAUUUACCUGAAGAUAAAGUAUUGGGAACUUUUGAAUUUGAUGAAACAUCUUUUUGGAAUUCAAGUCAUCCAAGAGGAUGGAAUGAUCAUGUACAUAUUUUAGACACUGAAACAUUUGUCUGGAGCCAGCCUAUAACUACUGGUAAAGCACCUUCACCUCGUGCUGCCCAUGCCUGUGCAACUGUUGGAAACAAAGGCUUUGUGUUUGGAGGCAGAUAUCGAGAUGCUAGAAUGAAUGAUCUUCACUAUCUUAAUCUGGAUACAUGGGAGUGGAAUGAAUUAAUUCCACAAGGCAUAUGCCCAGUUGGCCGAUCUUGGCACUCACUAACACCAGUUUCUUCAGAUCAUCUCUUUCUCUUUGGAGGAUUUACCACUGAUAAACAGCCACUAAGUGAUGCUUGGACUUACUGCAUCAGUAAAAACGAAUGGAUACAGUUUAAUCAUCCCUAUACUGAAAAACCAAGAUUAUGGCAUACAGCUUGUGCCAGUGAUGAAGGAGAAGUCAUUGUGUUUGGUGGGUGUGCCAAUAACCUUCUCGUCCAUCACAGGGCUGCACACAGUAAUGAAAUACUUAUAUUUUCAGUUCAACCAAAAUCUCUUGUAAGGCUAAGCUUAGAAGCAGUCAUUUGCUUUAAAGAAAUGUUAGCCAGCUCGUGGAACUGCCUUCCAAAACACUUACUUCACAGUGUUAAUCAGAGGUUCGGUAGUAACAACACUUCUGGAUCUUAAGGCUUCAUAGACAGUGCCUCUGAUCACUUGCAUGGACAGCAAUUCUGUAAACAUCAGAGUGACAUUGUUUAUAUAAUUAUGUGCAUUGUUGUAGUUUGCAGCUUUUUAGUUUUAGUGUGCAUGUGAAUGGCCUAGAGAACCUAUUUUUGUGUCUAAAGUUUACAAUAAAUGUAUUUAACACCA